AGAGUUUUCUUCACCAUUACAGAACAACAAUGGCUCUCAUCAUCAUUUUUAUCUCGAUACUUGCAGCAUUUUAUCAGGAGUGCAGAGGACAGGUCACCAUCACUCAGACGCCGGCAAUAACAUCAGCCCAACCAGGAACAGACGUGAGAAUAAACUGCAAAGCCAAUAGGCCGGUGCAUAAUAAUGACCACAUGGCUUGGUACUUCAGGAGAUUUGGAGAAGCUCCUAAGGUACUCGUAACCCGUGCUACUUAUCGCUUCCCUGGAGCUUCAUCUAGAUUCACAGGGAGUGGACAUGGAGCAGACUUCACCCUGACCAUCAGUGGAGUCCAGUCUGAAGACGCAGGACAUUACUUCUGUCAGAGCGACCACACCGGUGCAAUAAUCACACAGUGAUAAAGAGCCGUACAAAAACCUCCGUCACGCUACACUGAUACAGCUGAGCGACUCACACACAUCACAAAACUACAGUCACCUACAAAUUAAAACAGCAGUUUGACAAUUCAAAGGCUACAGAAUUAUGAAAAUACAUAUAAAGCUGUAUUUAAGUCUGACUUAUUGGUAAA